GGCUGCAGGGGACCGGAGGGAGAGGAGUGGCCGAGCUGGAUCUGUCGCCUGGCCGGCGUGAGGUGUAGCUGGUUAGCAAACUAGCUAGAUGGUGCUUCGCUGCUGCGGUACACGGAACAGAGAUCGGAGAGGGCAAUAGCUAAUGUUCAGAUAGCUAGCUAGUUAGAGUAGAUCCUGUGAGUUGCCGCCAUGGCUCUGUACGAAUAUGUCAGUCGGGAUCAACUGUCGGGCUUCGACAAGUACAAGUAUAGUGCGGUGGAUUCCAACCCCCUGUCAGUCUACGUCAUGCAUCCCUUCUGGAACUCAGUAGUCAAGGUGAUGCCCAGGUGGUUAGCUCCUAACCUCAUCACCUUCACUGGCUUCAUGUUCCUGGUCUUCAACUUCCUCAUGCUCUCCUUCUACGACUACCACUUUGAUGCAUCCGCUGAAGGACAAACACAUGUGCCGAGCUGGGUUUGGGUCGCUGCAGGACUCUCCAACUUCCUGGCGUAUACACUGGACGGUGUGGAUGGGAAGCAGGCGAGGCGUACUAACUCCUCCACACCACUGGGGGAGCUGUUUGACCACGGCCUGGACAGCUGGGCCUGUGUGUUCUUCGUGGCCACCGUCUACUCCAUAUUUGGGCGUGGAGAGAGCGGUGUGGGCGUGGCCACGUUGUACUACAUCCUGUGGGUGGUCCUGUUCUCAUUCAUCCUGUCUCACUGGGAGAAAUACAACACAGGAAUCCUCUUCCUGCCCUGGGGCUAUGACAUCAGCCAAGUGACCAUCUCUAUAGUGUACAUCUUCACAGCAAUGGUUGGCGUGGAGACGUGGUAUGAACCAAUCUGGUGGAACUUCCACUACCGAGACCUCUUCACUUUCAUGAUCCUCGGUUGUUCGUUCACUGUGACCCUUCCCAUGAGCCUCUACAACGUCUUCAAGGCGUCUCGUAGUAACACUCUGAAACACAGCAGUAUGUACGAGGCCUUCCUCCCCUUCCUCUCUCCUGUCCUCCUCUUCCUCCUCUCCUCUGCCUGGGUGAUAUUCUCUCCAUCAGACAUCCUCCAGCAGCAGCCCAGAGUCUUCUACCUCAUGGUGGGAACAGCCUUCGCUAACGUCACCUGUAAGCUGAUCGUGUGCCAGAUGAGUAACACCCGUUGCCAGCCGCUGAGCUGGCUGUUGGUUCCCAUGGCGACGGUGGUGUUGUUGGCAGUUACAGGGCUGGUUGCUAACGAGACGCUGUUGAUCUACGUGUGGACGGCCAUCGUCAUACUCACACACAUACACUACGGAGUGUCAGUGGUGAACCAGCUCAGCGAUCACUUCAACAUCUUUGCCUUCUCUCUGAUGAAGCCCAGCACUGACUGACAGGACCAGGAGCGAAUCGGCUUGCAGGGAGCAGAGGUUUAGACCCUCCCACCUCCCUCUGCAGCCAACCGACACUUCACUCUCAUCACCACGGAAACACACCACUCACCCCACAAGGAUUCUACCCCCCAUCUGAUCUCCGGUCCUCCACCCUGACUCUCACCCCAACCCCCUUCAUGCCAUGUGUCCGUUUGGGGGCGGUCCUCAGGACUGUGGGGGCGGCACCCCGGGCUCUUGGUUCCGUGGCUGCUGAUAGGUUGAGCUGAUGAGCCAAUGAGAUGUUGUUUCCUACGGAAAUAUUAUUCAGCCGUGAGGACAGGAGCCCAGACACACACACACACACACACACUGCUUACACCCAAACACACACACACACACACACACACACACACACACA